UUCAAAAUCUUCACAACUGAGUUUAGUUGAAAAGCUUUUUCUCCUUUCAGUAUUUAUUCACAAUGUAUUUUCCUUCAGGAAAUGUCCAUGAAGAACCAGACGUUGGUCAGUGAGAUUGUUCUCUUGGGAUUUCAGAAUCUCCACAACUUCAAGAUUCCCCUGUUCUCUCUGUUCCUUCUGAUUUACAUUAUAACAGUUUGGGAGAACGUCCUCAUCAUAGUGUUGGUGUCAACCAGCCGGAACCUCCAGUCCCCCAUGUACUUCUUUCUCCAACAGUUGUCCCUAUGUGAUCUCCUAAACUCCACCGUUAUUGUACCAACUCUGCUCCAAACUGUAAUUAAUGGAGGAGUCACUGUACCAUUUAUUGGCUGUAUUACUCAAUUUUCUUUUUUCUCAGUCCCAGAAUCUUUUGAGUGUUUGCUUCUAGCAGUAAUGUCCUAUGACAGAUAUGUGGCCAUCUGUAUCCCACUGCGUUACUCUUCUAUAAUGUCCCACAGGGUUUGUGUUACAUUCAUUCUUAUGGCAUGGACCAUUGGAUUGAGCUGUGUACUUCUUCUUUCAUUUAACAUAGCUGCGCUACAGUUCUGUAACCAAAAUAUCAUUAACCAUUUCUUUUGUGAUUUCUUCCCUGUGGUAGAGCUUUCCUGCUCAAGUACUUUUCGAGCACAAAUGGUGGCAACCCUAAUGUCUGUUCUUGUGAUUAUCUCUCCCUUUAUACUCAUCAUUGUAUCAUAUAUAUGUAUUGCCCAUGCAAUCCUAAAGAUAGUGUCCAAUACCGGGAGACAAAAAGCCUUCUCCACCUGCAGCUCCCACUUGGCUGUGGUCUCCAUAUUUUAUGGGACCCUUGUUUCUCUUUACAUGAUUCCCCCCAGAAAAGAAUCACAGAACAUAAGCAAAGUUCUCUCUCUUCUAUACACAGUAGUGACUCCAUUGAUUAACCCACUCAUUUACAGCUUGAGAAGUACAGAUAUAAAAGAGGCCCUUUAUACCCAGUGGGCACUACACUUCCAGACAGGUAAUGUCCUUUUGGCACCUGCCAGACCCAGAAUGACCCAUGAGACUGUUCAAUUGUAA